CGGCACACGGGCGCGCGCGCGAACUCAAACUCGCGCGAACUCGCGCGAGCGGGCGAGGGAGAAGACACUACCGCCGCGCGCGCGCGCGCGAACCCGCGCCGCAUCGCGCGCGGACGGCGUCUCGGAAGAGGCGAAAAAGCGCGCCAACUUGUUUUUCGGAAUUGCCGUAAAUCUGAUUGGACUGGCAUCCCGAGGAUAAACCACCCGAGGGCGAGGCCAUCGCGCGCGCUCGGACGCGAUGGGGUGCGCGUCCUCCAAGAACGCCGACGCCGGCGCGGACGCCGAAAAGGCGGGACCGCGGAAACCGCGCAAAACCCCGGUGACCGCGUUCGACGCGCCGGGAGACGUCGACGCGUCGCCGCGUUCGAGGAAAAAAGCAUCGGCGCGCGACAAGAACGCGAGCGCGGGCCCGUCCUCGUCCGCGUCCGGCCCGCCGGUCGACGACUCCGCGGGUACUUCGUCCUCCUCCAAGUCGGAGCUGGCGUCGAUCAUCCGCGAGGUCACGAGCGAGCUCGACCCGGACGUGCGCGCGGCGCUGUCCGACGUCCUCUCGCGGUCGUCCGCGCCGAGGAAGCUGAGCGACGAGUACGAGGAGGUGGGGGACGCCAAGCCGCUCGGGAAGGGCGCGUUUUCCGUGGUGUACCUCGUUCGCGAUAAGCGCACGGGGUCGGAGUACGCCGCGAAGGUGGUGCCCAUGAAGAACUAUCGCUCGGAUAAGAAGCGCGAUCAAGUCCGAGCGCUGCUGUGCGAGGCUGGCGUCGCAGCGCUCGCGAAACACGCCACCGUCGUGGGGCUGCGCGACGUCGUCUUCGAGGAGAGUCGGAUCGUCGUGAUUCAGGAGUGCUGCCACGGCGGCUCGCUCCUCGCGAUCGUGGCCGCGGGGGGCGGCGCGAUGCGCGAGAGGGACGCGAAAAUCGCCGUCAGACGCGUCGCGGAGGCGCUGGAACACCUCCACUCGAAAGGGUACGUUCACAGGGACGUGAAGCUCGAGAACUUGCUCCUCGCAAAACCGGGGGAUCUGAACUCGUUGAAGCUCGCGGACUUUGGGUUCGCGACCGCGGUGAGCGGGAGCAAACCCGUCGAGAAGGGUUCCGCGUUUGCGCGAAAAGACGACGUCGGCGACCGGCUUCGAGGAACCGUGGAGUACGCCGCCCCGGAGGUGCUCGCGGACUUGGGGUCCUCCGCGCUCGCGUCUAAACCCGCGGUGGACAUGUGGAGCGCGGGCGUGACCGUGUUCUUGAUGCUCGGCGGGUACCACCUCUUCGACGCGUCGCAGGACGCGUACUCGAAUCGGCUUCGCAUGCACGUGACGCUGCAGAAGGAGUACCAGAAGCCGGCGUGGCAGACGGUGUCGAACGAGGCGAAGUCGAUGAUUCGCAAGUUGUUGUGCAGCGACGCGGGAGAACGGAUGACGGCGUCGCAGUUGUUAAAGGAUAAGUGGUUCUCC